AUGUCUUUGGCUCAUGAAAAUAUAACAGUCGCUCCUUUGGUUCUUCUUUCCGUUUUGGACCACUACAACCGUACAAAUACUCCUGCCAACAAGAGAUGUUUAGGUGUCAUAUUGGGUGAUUCAUCUACCAAUACCAUUAGAGUCACAUCUUCGUUUGCCUUGCCAUUCGAAGAAGACGAAAAGAACCCAGAUGUGUGGUUUUUAGACCACAAUUAUAUCGAAAACAUGAAUGAAAUGUGUAAGAAAAUUAAUGCAAAAGAGAAAUUAAUCGGAUGGUACCACAGUGGUCCUAAAUUGAAAGCAUCAGAUUUAAAGAUCAAUGAAGUUUUCAAAAAAUAUACAAUGGGUAAUCCUCUGCUAUUGAUUGUAGAUGUCAAGCAAGAAGGUGUCGGUCUUCCAACAAAUGCAUACAUGGCCGUCGAACAAGUUAAGGACGACGGUACCUCUACAGAAAAGACUUUCUUACAUUUACCGUGUUCAAUUGAGGCCGAAGAAGCUGAAGAAAUAGGUGUUGAACACUUAUUAAGAGACGAUCGUGACCAAGCCGCCGGUGGACUGUCAAUUAGAUUGACAAACCAAUUAAAGUCUUUAAAAGGUCUGCAAAGAAAGCUAAAAGACAUAGUCUCUUACCUAACGAGAGUCAUCAAUGGAGAAUUACCUGCAAACCAUGCAAUCCUAGGUAAACUCCAAGAUGUAUUCAAUCUAUUACCAAAUUUAGGAGCCCCCGAUGAAGAUGAAAUGAACUUGAACAACAAGGAAAUCAUCAAAUCAUCCAAUAACCUGCAAAAAGCCCUAACAGUAAAGACAAACGACGAAUUGAUGGUCAUAUAUAUUAGUAACCUUGUAAGAGCAAUAAUUGCAUUCGAUGACUUGAUCGAAAAUAAGAUACAGAACAAAAAAUUACAAGAAAAAUCUGAAAAGGAUAAAGAACAACAUGAAAAAUCAAAUGAUAUCGAAACUAAAAACAACUCAUCCAAAUCAGAAUCAAAAGAAUCAAGCAAAUAA